AUGACUGCCGUACAUCUCAAAACUAUCAACGCCGAUGGCGUCGACAUCUUUUAUAGAGAAGCCGGGCUCUCUGAUGCUCCUACGCUCCUUCUCCUUCACGGCUUCCCUAGCUCGUCUCAUCAAUACCGCAAUCUGAUUCCUCUUCUAUCUAAGAAAUAUCACAUCUUAGCCCCGGACAUCCCUGGAUUUGGGUUUACUACAGUUCCUGAGAGCCUCAACUACAAGUACACAUUUGAUGCUUUAACCACUUCCAUCGAGUCUUUCUUGCGUGAACUAAAAGUUCAAAAAUACUCAAUCUACCUCUUCAACUAUGGCGGUCCAAUUGGACUACGUCUUGCGAUUCGUCAGCCAGACGCCAUACAAUCAAUAAUCUCCCAGAAUGGCAACGCAUAUACCGAAGGACUCGGUGGUUUCUGGGCCCCUCUUGAACAGAUGUGGGCAACCAAAACACCUGAAGAACUCGCCUCUUCCAGAGAAUCCCUCAAAGGAGUCAUCUCCCUUGAUUUCACCAAAUGGCAAUACGUCACCGGAACCCCUGAGACCAAUCUCCACAAAAUCGCACCAGAGUCUUAUACCUUGGACUAUGCUCUAAUUUCCCGUCCUGGAAACACGGAAAUCCAACUUGACCUUUUUUACGAUUAUCGUACAAAUAUUGAUUUGUAUCCAGAGUUUCAGAAAUUCUUUAGGGAGUCAAAUGUACCAAUUCUAGCGGUUUGGGGAAAGAAUGAUGAGAUUUUUGUUCCGGCUGGGGCGGAGGGGUUCAAGAAGGAUAGUAAGAAUGUGGUCGUGGAGUAUUUGGAUGCGGGACAUUUCGCUCUGGAGACUAAUGUUGAGGAGAUUACAGAUGCGAUUUUGAGGUUUAAAGAGAAGUUUGGGCUUUGA